UCACACACUAGGGCCAAUUUAGUGUUGCCAAUCAACCUAUCCCCAGGUGCAUGUCUUUGGAAGUGGGAGGAAGCCGGAGUACCCGGAGGGAACCCACAAAUUCACGGGGAGAACAUGCAAACUCCACACAGAAAGAUCCCGAGCCUGGAUUUGAACCCAGGACUGCAGGAACUUCGUAUUGUGAGGCAGACGCACUAACCCCUCUGCCACCGUGAAGCCCGGCCAUAAACAUAAAAAACUAAAUUUAAAAAAAUGUUAUAACGACAGACCUGAAGUUGAUCUCGAGAUUCAAGUGUUAAAUGAAAACAUUUAUAAUUUAUGACUUAUUUCUAACAUUUUUAGGACUGAGACCCUUCCGGAGACCAGGGACCAAACUUGAGGAAAGCCACAAAGAUGAUGCUGCUGCACAGACUGUUACUUCAAGACAUCAGCAGCUUCAACAUGCACGCCGUCACCAAGCUCAGGUCGCACCGUCUUCUUUAUCAAGGUGCAUCAGGUCAGGGUCACCUGUGGCCCCCGGCACCAGACACAGCUCUGGGGUCCCCGGCACCAGACACAGCUCGUCUCCUGCAUCAGCCGCCACCGCCCACUCGCAGCAUGGACCCUGCACACGUGUGUCUGUCAAGUGGCCAGCGAGAAGGUCUUUGUCCCGUGUGCCUGCAGACCACCUGCUUCCCCGUGCAGACCAACUGUGGACAUUUAUUUUGUGCACCAUGUUUGAUGGCCUAUUGGAGACACGGCACAUGGUUGGACCCAAUCAGCUGCCCUCUGUGUAGACAAAAGGUCAGCAGCUUGUGUCGUCUGUUCAACAACACCCGAUCGGACCAGCAGACCAAGGCAGUACUUGGGGACAUAACGGACUACAACAAACGCUAUUCUGGAGCGCCCAGACGGAUGAGAGACUACCUGUGUGACACGCCGCUCCUCCUCCAGCUGGUGGUCCGCCACCUGGCCACCAUGGGGGGUCUGGUCUGGCUCUUUUUCUUGCGGGUGGUAUUGUGCUGCGUGGGCGCUGUGGUCUCCAUCGCCACGUCCUCACUACCCUCCAGUCCCCUGAAAGCAGAGCCCUCCCUGUGCGGCCUCCUGGGGGUCUUAGAUGACCUGGUGGUGGUCAGCCUGCUGCUCCUCUGCGUCGUCAACGUCAACCAGCAGAUGGCGCCAGAGAGAGCACACACUGCAAGCACGGGGGCAGCCGUGCCUUCUCGUUAGCUUCCUCUAGGGCAGAGAUUCACAAUUUUUAAACUCAUCAUUUCUCUUAUUUACAUUUUCUGUAAGAAAUAAAUAUUUA